AUGGCAACUACAAAACAACCCUUCAGUAUGUAUGGUAAAAUUAUAAAUCUACGGGACAAAAAUCAAUUACGGUUUUGUACAGAUUUCGAUAAAUCUAUUGUAAUUAACAGCUUUCAAAGAAGGGGUUGGAAGGAAGUGAACCCCCAAAGUGAUUGGAAUAUAUAUUGGUCCAAUACAAUCAGUUGCAGAAACAUUUUCCAUUUAGAAAGUGGCUACAGGUUAAAUGACAAUCAGCUAAUUAACCACUUUCCAAAUCAUUAUGAAUUAGUACGCAAAGAUUUGCUCGUAAAAAAUAUAAAACGUUACAGGAAAGAAUUGGAAAAAGAAUGCAACCCUCUUGCCGAUAAAACCAAAAUACAACUCCCCGAUGGCAAGGUCAUCAGCCGCUAUUUAUAUUUAGAUUUCAUUCCCACGACAUACAUUUUACCUACGGAUUACAAUAUAUUCCUCGAAGAAUAUAAGAAAUCACCACAAACAACGUGGAUUCUGAAGCCUUGCGGUAAAUCUCAGGGAGCUGGAAUAUUUUUGAUAAAUAAACUAUCGAAAUUGAAGAAAUGGUCCCGGGAAUCAAAAAGAUACUUACAACAUCAACUUACCAGCAAAGAUACAUAUGUUAUAUCACGGUACAUAGAUAAUCCGCUUUUGAUCGGGGGAAAGAAAUUCGAUUUGAGGAUUUACGUUCUUGUUACAUCUUUUCGCCCUUUAAAAGCUUACAUGUUUCGGAACGGAUUUUGUAGAUUCUGUUCGUUGAAAUACGACACGAGCUUAACAGAACUCAAUAAUAUGUACAUUCAUUUGACAAACGUUAGUGUUCAAAAGCAUGGAGGAGAUUACAAUAGACACCACGGUGGCAAAAUGGGAAUACAGAAUUUAAAGCUCUUCUUGCAAGGAACUCGCGGUCGAGCAGUCACCGAGCAACUUUUCGAACAGAUACAAUGGUUAAUAGUGCAUUCUUUGAAAGCAGUAGCUCCUAUAAUGAUUAACGAUCGACACUGUUUUGAAUGCUAUGGCUAUGAUAUCAUAAUUGACAAUAAUUUGAAACCGUGGCUCAUCGAAGUCAAUGCGUCGCCAUCAAUGACUGGAACGACUAUUAAUGAUAGAAUAUUGAAAUACAAUUUAAUCGAGAACCUGUUGUCCGUAGUCUUGCCACCAAAUGGAAUUCCCGAUACGCGUUGGAAUAAAUGUCCUAGUUCUGAAGCAUUGGGUGAUUUUGAAAUACUCAUAAAUGAAGAUUUUCUGCAUAAAGAUACAGAGAAGGAUUUAUAUCAAGAUUCUAAAAAUGUAAUGAGGAAAUAA